AAAAUAGUUCCACGCGUCACAGCUGUCAUCUGCCAGGGGCUCGGCUUAUAUCGGCUGCUAUCGACAAGGCUGAGCUGAUUGUCACGAUGUCUGGUAAAGGACAAUAUGUGCCCGUCGGAAACAAGGGAUCGGCCCCUCCUCCCCGACCACCUCCACAGCAGCCACCCCCCGCGGCCACCCCCAGGUAUGUGAAUAUUCCAUCAGGAAAUAUUCCAUUCAGAGACACCUCGACUGAUACGCGCAACACACACAACAAGCGGGGGCGGCUUUCCGAAGUCUCACUCGGCAUAGCACAUUCCGUUCGUCACCACUCGCCUCUUUCCGUAAUCUCCAAGAGCUGCUCCCGGAAUAACACGAAUUGGUCACGAAUGGAUAUGGCAGUAUUACAACGUAAAAUGGCCUUGCGGACAUACAAUCUCGUUAUGUUGGCAUAAGAAUUUACUGACUGAUAGGCGUUAUCUUUGAACAGGUCCUGGCAAUGAUUAAAAUAUAGAUGUGGAAACUUACUCUGCUGAAAGUAUUAAGUUAAUGAAGAUUGAAUUACA